AUUUCAGAUCCGUGGUUGGUUCCGGGUCUGAAGCUCUUGCUUUGGCCUCUGAGAAGACGAAGGGUACAGCUCAAGACCCUAGCUCCCAUUCCCCCAAAAAUUCUCUGCUAGAAUUUCCGUCAAAUUCCUCCCAUCUCCUCUUGAUCGCUUCUUGUGGUCGAUCCGUCUGGCCGGCCCGAUCGUGCUGGCUUUUUCCGCGAAGAUUUGGGCCGCUUCUACGAGGAUUUCCGCCCAGGAAAUGGUGAUCUCAGCUCGGUUCCGACACCUUCGAGCUUCCACAACAGCGGAGGAUCUCAGCGUCUUUGCGAGCAUUUCCCCCUUCUUCCGAUGAGCCGUGCUUGUUUUGUUGGAUUUGUACGAAGACGUGGAGAGAAGGAGCUUUCAUUCGGAUUUGCUUGUUAUUUUCGGCUCUCUGUCUCUAGAUCGAAGUGCGUCUCGCAUCCGCUGUGGUUUCCCGUCGGAUCUGGGCUCACGAAACGAGAUUUCUCGAGGUUUUACUGUAUUUGAUCACGAGUUAACGGGAUUUGGUUGGGGGGAAAAAUCCCAUUUUGGAGCCUUUUGAAGGUAUCGAGAUUUUGAGAUGGAGACACUGGUGGUUGUUGCUCAGCAUCGGAAUCAAUAUUACAGUAGGGACAAGUCUCAGAUUUCCGAUCGGUUCGGUUCUUCUCCUUCUAGAGGCUUCAAAGGAAUCAAUUGCCGGGCUUUCCAGUCCGGUGCCGGUAUUUUGCCAUCGCCUCCACUGUUUCCCAGCCCCCCGGAACCGACAUCACCUUGCUUUUAUUCGGAACCACACAAACAGAAUAGAAGGAGCAAGCCUGUUCCGAUAAAAUCUUUAUCCUCUCCUAAAGGGACAACCUUUAAUGAUGACUUCUCUUAUUCUGAGCUGUGGGCAGGGCCUGCUUACUCCAACUCACCGCCUCCGAGUUCUCUACCCAUCCCAAAAUUUUCUCUUCGCCAGAAACGCAGCAUCUCUCUUGACUUGCCGGUUUCUCCAUCUGGAAUCACGCUCCAUCCUUUGUCCAAAUCGGCACCUUCUUCUCCAGGCAGAGAUUCUUCUUCAUCUGCCAACGGCUUCUUUCUCAAUACUGCCACUGCUACGGAGAAUUUGAGACGGAUUCUCCAUUUGGAUGUCGCUGAUGACUAAAUUUGAUGGAGGAGUUUGGGGGUUUCUGUAUAUAUUCACCAUAACUGAUGCUCUCUUUUGUUGUUUGUUUACUUGUAUAGGGGUUAGCAAAUAACUCGUUGGGUAGUGCCAAUCUCUAGAAGAAGAUAACUUAGGAUUCUCUAGUUGGAGAUGAAGGAAAAUGGGGCUCCAUGGCAGAAAUCAAAUAUUAUCUGGUAUUUGAGAAGGUAGGAGUGGGAGGAAAGCUGGGAGGAAGUCGGGGUGGUGGUGAUAUCGGUUAAUUGUUGCAUUGUAAGGCUGAUCAAAUUUAUGGGGAAAGAAGUGGGGAAGGAAGGUAUGGAAGCAGUGAAGACAAUGGCUAAGCAUUGUUCUACUUUUGUGCUGCCUGAGUACUUCCUUAUUCUCUGGGUUGACACUGUAAACCUUUUCUCUCAGGUCUCGUUGUAGUAUCUGGUAGGGUAAGUUCAAUUUAGAUGCUGUUCUUUGCUCUUUUUUUCUAGGUUUUCUGGAUAUGCUUUAGGUUCAGUACUACAAAUUACAUAGAUGAUUCAUAUCAUGCAAGCUUCUAGUUGUGUCUUCAGGUUAUCUGUUUCUCCGUUCUCUUAGAGCCUGCAUUCUCUAGAUAAAUUUCACCUGUCCAACACUUAAAGUUGGGAUCUUCUCUCUUCUCGUUUCUACUGUUGUUCAUCUAACUUCUCACUUUGGUGCUCCGCAAGGGCAUCGCGUUCGCCUCAUCACUUCUUCUGGUUUUUUGGAUGAAGAAGUUGGGAGGAGAACUAGAAAGACCGGCUCCUCUCUCCCUUCUGUCACUGAACUAGAAAGACCGGCUCCUCUCUCCCUUCUGUCACUUGUUUGUCCAUCUCCGCAUGCAUGUUUUUAGCUGUUACUUCUCUACAUGUUCUGUUUGUCUGUGGUCAGCUCUACUAUGUUGUCUCUUGUACUUGGUGGUGAGUUAGGUAGUGCAAUCUUGCAUUUAUAUAAGUUUGUCAACCUAGUUCGAAAGUUGUGUUUAGUGGAGAAUACCAUCCAUGAGAUGUAGCUGAAUGGUAUCCAUGGGAGGCAGCUGAACCUGUGCUCCGCAACAAGUUCUAUUUUGGUAUGGCAAUUGAGGAACAUUCUGACAUCUCCGCAGAUAGUUUCUUCAGCACUGUUUGAAGCGGUGAGGCAAGCAUAUCUGUUGCUGAUGGCAGUCUUGGUUCAUCAAAGGUGGCUUCUUUCUGUAAGCGCCAGCACCUCAGAGCUGGUUUGUGUAAUCUUAAGAUGUUUUGUUGUCAGUUAUGUCCCAAUCCUUAAGACUUCCUGGCUGUUGAGUAGAAACUAUGUAGGAAAGACAUGAGUAAGCUUAUUCUAUGUAGUAUUUCACUUUCAUUAGUAGUACUUGUCCCCUUAUAUCAGUAUUUCUGGGAAACUUCAUGGUGUCUAUGCCGACGUGGUUGUAUAAAUAUUUGCUGCACCUUGCUUUGAUCAGUGAUUUUGUGUCUGGUUCGCUAUUUCACACAAA